GACAAGGAAAUGAUAGAAAGCUCAAUGGGUGAACUGAGAGUGAAAGAGGCAGAAAUGGUGAGAGAAAAGGAGAACAUGGAAAAGAAGAUGGCUAGACUCAAAGAGGAAGAGGAUAGAAUGCGGGAAGAAAUAGGAAGGAAGAUGGACAACUUAAAGCAGGACAGUUAUGAAAUCAAAAGACUUAGAGAUGAAAUUGACAGUGAAAAGAACCAACUGAAUGCAAAAUUGCUUGAGUUGGAAAAAAUGCGUGAAGAACUAGAUAGAGAGAAGAAGGAAGUGAAAGACAAGAAGGAUGAAACACUGAAAGAAAAAGAUCAGUUGGAAGAGAGGCGAGGUAAGAUAAGUAAGGAGAAAGAGGAAUUGGAUAUCAGUCUUGAACUGAUGAAAAGACAAAGGGAAGACUUGACGAGCUUGAAGGCUGAAGCAGAAGCACAGACCGAGCCUAUGGAAAAUGACUGGAAGGAACAGCUCACGAAGGAAAGACAACAACUUGAAGAUGUAAAGGAGGAGAUACAGAAGGAAAAAGAAGCCUUUGAGAGAAAAAAGGGAUUGACUAUGAAAGAGAGAGAUGAGUUUGAUCUGAUGAAGUCUGAAACCCAGGGACAAUUGGAGGAAAUGGAACAAAACAAACAAGACAUUCGUGUGGAGAAGGAAAAGCUGGAUCAGAUCAAAGCUGAGUUAGAAAGACGGUCUGAAGACAUAAAUCAGGUCAUGGAUGAGACAAGACGGGAGAGGGGGAAGGUUGAAGAACUGGCUAUCCAAACUCAAAAACAAAGAGAAGAAAUUGUGGGUUUAAUGGAAAAGAACAAAGAAAAGCAGAACGAACUGGAACUCAUGAAUGACAAGAUUGAAAGAGAGAAACAAGACAUCGAAGAAAGUCGGGAUGUGCUAACAAAGGAGAGAGAGGAGCUGGAACAAAUGAGGAAUGAGACACAGCAACAGAGAGAGGAGACAGAAUCUCACAUGGAAGACCAAAGGAAAGAGAAAGAACAUUUGGAACAAAUGACGAUGGACAUGAAAAAACAGUUGCUAGAGGUGGAUAAUGAUAAGGAAAUGAUAGAAAGCUCAAUGGGUGAACUGAGAGUGAAAGAGGCAGAAAUGGUGAGAGAAAAGGAGAACAUGGAAAAGAAGAUGGCUAGACUCAAAGAGGAAGAGGAUAGAAUGCGGGAAGAAAUAGGAAGGAAGAUGGACAACUUAAAGCAGGACAGUUAUGAAAUCAAAAGACUUAGAGAUGAAAUUGACAGUGAAAAGAACCAACUGAAUGCAAAAUUGCUUGAGUUGGAAAAAAUGCGUGAAGAACUAGAUAGAGAGAAGAAGGAAGUGAAAGACAAGAAGGAUGAAACACUGAAAGAAAAAGAUCAGUUGGAAGAGAGGCGAGGUAAGAUAAGUAAGGAGAAAGAGGAAUUGGAUAUCAGUCUUGAACUGAUGAAAAGACAAAGGGAAGACUUGACGAGCUUGAAGGCUGAAGCAGAAGCACAGACCGAGCCUAUGGAAAAUGACUGGAAGGAACAGCUCACGAAGGAAAGACAACAACUUGAAGAUGUAAAGGAGGAGAUACAGAAGGAAAAAGAAGCCUUUGAGAGAAAAAAGGGAUUGACUAUGAAAGAGAGAGAUGAGUUUGAUCUGAUGAAGUCUGAAACCCAGGGACAAUUGGAGGAAAUGGAACAAAACAAACAAGACAUUCGUGUGGAGAAGGAAAAGCUGGAUCAGAUCAAAGCUGAGUUAGAAAGACGGUCUGAAGACAUAAAUCAGGUCAUGGAUGAGACAAGACGGGAGAGGGGGAAGGUUGAAGAACUGGCUAUCCAAACUCAAAAACAAAGAGAAGAAAUUGUGGGUUUAAUGGAAAAGAACAAAGAAAAGCAGAACGAACUGGAACUCAUGAAUGACAAGAUUGAAAGAGAGAAACAAGACAUCGAAGAAAGUCGGGAUGUGCUAACAAAGGAGAGAGAGGAGCUGGAACAAAUGAGGAAUGAGACACAGCAACAGAGAGAGGAGACAGAAUCUCACAUGGAAGACCAAAGGAAAGAGAAAGAACAUUUGGAACAAAUGACGAUGGACAUGAAAAAAGCAGUUGCUAGAGGUGGAUAAUGAUAAGGAAAUGAUAGAAAGCUCAAUGGGUGAACUGAGAGUGAAAGAGGCAGAAAUGGUGAGAGAAAAGGAGAACAUGGAAAAGAAGAUGGCUAGACUCAAAGAGGAAGAGGAUAGAAUGCGGGAAGAAAUAGGAAGGAAGAUGGACAACUUAAAGCAGGACAGUUAUGAAAUCAAAAGACUUAGAGAUGAAAUUGACAGUGAAAAGAACCAACUGAAUGCAAAAUUGCUUGAGUUGGAAAAAAUGCGUGAAGAACUAGAUA